AUGGCUCGCGGACCGAAUGCAAAGCGGAGGCGGCUGAGCCCUCCUGAUGACAGGAAAAGUGCGAAGUCCCAGAAAGAUGCCGAGUUAUACGGCCAAGAAGACGAAUGGGACGUCGAGCAGGACUACGAGCGCCGGCCGCGCAAAACCACCAAAAAGUCCGAAGAACGCACCCGUUUGCCCAUUAAGACCUCCGAGGGCUUUGUUCACGCUGUCGAGGAUCAGGAAAAUGCUGCCGAGGAGACCGAUAGUUUUCUCGGAACCGACGACGACGACGAUGAGGGUAGCGGGGAGGAUGAGGAGAUGGAGGAAGUGGAGGAGAAAAAGCCCAAGAUUCCGAUAAAGGUGCAAAUCAUGCAAGCCAAAGAGGACCUAGCUCGGAUUGCUACCUUGAUCAACGAGGACCCCGAGGAGCAUAUCGCGCUCUUCAAGACUAUGGCUGAGAUGGUGGAUAAUCCCGACUCGCCUGUCACCGUGAAGAAGCUUGCCCUGGCAUCGCAGGCAGCGGUCUACAAGGAUGUCAUCCCCGGAUACCGUAUUCGUCCUCUUAGCGAAGAAGACAUGACCGCGAAAGUUUCGAAGGAUGUGCGCAAGCUUCGAAAUUUCGAACAGUCGCUGGUUUCAGGAUACAAGAACUAUGUCCACAAAUUGUCUGUGCUGGCGAAGCCAGGCAGGACCCAAGUUGACCCUGGUCUCAAGAGCCUCGCAAUUAAUUGCGCCUGCAGUAUGCUUGAAGCGGUGCCGCAUUUCAACUUCCGCGGCGAGUUGCUGAAGAUUAUCGUAAAUCGACUUGCAAGGAAGCAAGUGGACGCCGAUGUGACCAAGUGUCGCGAGACUUUGGAGGACAUCUUCUCCAAGGACGCCGAUGGAAUGGUCUCCCUCGAGGCAGUCCGUUUGCUUUCCAAGAUGAUCAAGGCGCGAGAAUUCCGUAUUCACGAGAGCGUCUUGGAUACUUUCCUCUAUCUCCGCCUACUCAGCGAUUUUUCAAGAAAGGCCUCCCAAAACCGAGUCGACCGAGAAGAACGCGCGGAUGAUAUGCCUCAUGGCAAGAAGCAAAAACAAAAGCGCGAGUUUCGAACAAAGCGAGAGCGAAAAGUGGAGAAAGAGCGCAAGGUUGUCGAGAAAGAUAUGAGGGUUGCGGAUGCAUUAGUGUCUCACGAGGAACGAGACAAAAACCAAGCCGAGACUUUGAAACUUGUCUUCGGUGUCUACUUCCGCAUCCUAAAGCACCGUAUUCCCAACCUCAUGGGCCCUGUCCUUGAGGGCCUGGCGAAAUAUGCCCACCUCAUCAAUCAAGACUUCUUCGGUGACCUCCUGGAAGCUCUAAAAGAUCUAAUUGGUCACGCCGAACGUGACGAACUUCGCGACGAAAUCUCAGACAACGAGGAGGACCAAGAUAAUGAACGAGAUGUCGCGUCCGAAGCUAGCGCUCGUGAUGCUCGCCGCGAGACUCUGCUCUGCACCAUCACUGCCUUUGCCUUGCUUUCGGGACAGGAUGCUAGCAAGGCCGCAUCGACUUUGCAUCUGGACCUGAGCUUCUUCGUCAAGCACCUCUACCGAUCCCUCUAUGCCCUUUCCACUAACGCCGAUGUUGAGUUUAACCCUAACACCUCACUCCGCCUGCCUGACCCCAGUGCUGCUGGGGACGAUGAUGAUGAACCUUACCGAUACAAACCGAGAAACAGGGUCAACUUCCAAACCCCCAUGGUUUUGCUCCUUCGCUGUUUGCAAUCGACCCUGAUAUCUCGUGCGCACGGCCUCCCCCCACCUGUCCGACUAGCCAGUUUCUCAAAACGCCUCAUGACCACGUCACUCCAGUUGCCUGAGAAAUCUGCGAUUGCUACUUUGUCCCUGAUGAACCAGGUCUCCAAGCAUCAUGGUCGCCGCAUCUCACCUCUGUGGCACUCCGACGAACGCAAAGGUGACGGCGUGUUUAAUGCAUACGCAACUGAUGUUGAGGCUACAAAUGUCUUUGCAGGAUCCGUGUGGGAAGGCGAGUUGCUGCGCCAGCAUUAUUGCCCGCAAGUACGUGACGCAGCGCUCAAUAUCGAGAAGUUGGUUACUGCGCAGAAAUAA